UAAGGGUGCAGACUAAUGGGAGGAUCCAGCCUAAUUUGCAAAGGUCACUGAGGUCAAAUGACAACACAACAUACGGCGGACCGGAAGGAUUUUACGAGUUAAAGUCUAGCAUUUUCAAGCCACGUAUUAAAUACCAGAAGACGAUUGCAGUAAAUCAGUAAUUUGAAAGGUUAUAAAACAUAAGUCAUCAUGUUUGCCAGACUGAAGAAGAAGAUUGUUGAAGAGGAGGGGGUGGAGGAGGCCGAGUUGAGCAAGAAGUAUGUUCCUGGGUCUGCUGUGCCUCAGCGACCACCUGAUGGCUCUCCAGUAUCCAGAGGCCACAGGGGCUCAGCCGCUAGUCUGUCAUCACAUGGAAGCUCGUCAAGCUUGAAUGCACAGGCUGAGAAUAAGAAGGGUGCUGAGUCAAAUGCAGACAGUCUUCAAGCUGAGCUGACCCAACGCAGUGAUCAAAUACGCCGUCUGGAGGGCAAAUUGGAUGAGUACUCGGCGAUGCUGAAAGAAACAGUCAAGGCGAAAGAGAAAUUGGAGAUAGUGCUAGAGAAACAACAAGAAGCCAACACCAAACGAGUUCAGGAGAUGAACGAAGAGUUCCAGUUGAGGCGGUCCAAGAUGGCCGACAAGCUAGCCCUAGCCGUACAGAGGAAGGAAGACGAGAUGAAGGAACAGAUACAGGCUCUGGAGAAAGAGAAGUCGGGUCUUAAGGAUCAGUUCCAGCGAGUGUCGCUGGAUAAAUUCAAGAAGCAGGAAGAGAGUGAGGAACUACAGGGCUUCCAAGUCCAAGAGCUUGCCAAAGUGAAACAUAUGUUUGUGAACAGCCAGGAGGAGUUACAUAAAUGCAAGGCCGAUUUGGACCACGCCCAGGAAAAACUUGAGGAGAGUAAUCAACAGGCACAGAAGCUGGCCACGGAACUCAACAAAGUCAGAGAUAAUGUGACCAAACUCAGACAUACCAGAGAUGAGUUGAUCAAACAAAAGGCAUCAGCAGAGGAGCAUGGCACGCAACAAGAGCGAUCCAAGAAACUGCUUGAGGAAAGACUACACAGUGCGUCAAUAGAAAGCCAGGAGAAGAGUAAAAGACUGGUGGCACUGGAGGAAAGAUUGAAUCAGACUCAAGAAGAACUUGAAGCAUUGCGUCAUGACAGUGAAGUUCACAAAACACAGUCUGCAACUCAGCUGCACGAGAGCGAAAGUACCAACAAACACCUGGAGGAGAAGGUUAGGAUGCUGGAGCAGAGACUACAGGAUCACAGUCUGACUGAUGAUGAGCAGAUGCAAGCUGUCAUGGCUGAGAGAGAUACUCUAGAACAGAAAUUAGAAGCUUCCCGAAGAGAACUAAUCGAUGUGAAAAGUUCCUCAGCUGAUGUGAUCUCCAGUCUUGAACAACAGAUUUCUCAUCUGAACACCAAGAUGGCCGAGGACACGGAAGAAGCAAUCAAGGGGCAGCAGACGCUAGACGCCAUGAGCAGGAGACACUCUGAGGAGCUGAGUCAAUUACAAGCCAAGCUAGAUGACGCUGAACAACAAGCUCAAAGUCACCUGGAAUUUGUUAAACAGAGAGACACUCAGAUUGCCGUACAGAAAUCGCUGAGCGAGACGGAGUUGAGAGCAACGCAAGAGCAGCUUGCCGAGACCAAGAAGCAGUCCCUGGAAAUGAAGAAACAACUUCAGGACAAGAUAGCGACGUUAGAAUCCAAGAUUACUGGGCUCAGUACAGCAACAGACUUUGAGAAAAGUGCAGCAGAACACAAAAUUACUCGUCUUGAGAGUCAAAACGAGGAGUAUUUAGAGCGAGAGAUCGAGCAUGAGAAGCACAUCACUCAGCUGGAAGAUGAGAAAGAAAAUGUCUCGGCAUCUCUCAACCUGAAGACCAAGGAAUGCGAGCAACUCACAAGGGAAGUUGAGGAGAUUCGAGAGAGGACAGAGGAUUUGUCCAGACAGGCUCUGUCUGCAGGCACUGCCGUCAUGGACGCCCAUAAAGAAGUAGACAGGCUUCGGAAGCUUGUAGAAGCUCGAGACACGCAAAUCAACAAGGCAGAUCAAGAGAAUGAGGAGUUGAAACGCCAGAACUUGGAGCUGGCCAACAGUCUCGCUCAGCAGGACGUGGAGACGCAGACUAACCACGACCAGGCACAGAGGGCGCUGUUUGAGAAGAACGAGAGCAUCAGCGUCUUGAAGCAAACCGUCGCCGAGAAGGAGGAAGCGAUUGAGGUGCACCAAUCCAAGAUAAAGGAAUUGGAGGCAGCAGCCCAAGCUGACACCAACGGGGUCAAUGAAGCUGAGGAUAUCGAGAAGUUGAAGCAAACUCUUGAAGAGCAGGAACAACAGCUUAGCGAGAAGAACAAAACGAUUAAGAUGCAGCAACAGAGGUUAGCUGACCUGAAGAAAACACUACAGAGAGAACUGAAAAUCCAGAAUUCCACCGGCUACGACUCGCCAGAGGAAGUUACCAGAGACAAGGGUCAAAGUUCAAUCUCUGCAGGGUUGAAUAAAAGCUGCAGCUCGCCAGCAUUUAGUAACAGUAGUGUAGGCCAAUCACCAGGGUACAGUCAUAACUCAGGGCCCACAGAGUCUCCUAACACUCAGGCCAGUUCCUCGUUGAGUCCACACUGCGCGGGCCUGGAUCGGCAGGAUGUCAGAGAAGUCAACUUCCAGUAUCUCCGACACGUCGUGUUCAAGUUCAUGAGUAGCACUGAUAGUGAGGCCAAGCAGUUACUGAAGGCAGUAUCGACAUUGCUGGAGUUUACACCACACGAAGAGAAACUGAUUAACAAGACUUUGGAAUGGAAGACGUCUUGGUUUGGGAUCCGACCGUCUCCCAAGAAAACCAUCCAGGUCUCUUCUCUUGCCUACAGGUGAUGAACACAAUGCCUCCAUGUUUAAUGGCCAGUUUAUAGUUGGUCACGUGAUGGUCACAUGACAAAACACUGACAAAGGAUUAUCUUUAACACAGAUCUACCACGACAUACACAUUUAUACUUUCACCAAAGACACUGACAAGAAACAAGGUCAAAACAAUUGAACUUUGACAUGGUUGCUGACCUCAAUUCCAUUAUGUCAAGAUCCCACAAAGGCUGGGCAUGUGGUGACAGUGCGAGUGACAAAGGCCACCAUUCAGGCGUCCGGAAAUUGGACACAGAAUUGGCUGGGUGAUACCUAACGUGGCGCACUUGAACGAAUAUCCCAAGUUAGCAUUUAAGAAUUUCUUAAAAGUUGAUAAAUUCUGAGAAAUCAUCAUUGCUUCCACUCCCGUACCCAACUAAAAGUUUGUCAGCAAAUGAUUUUCUUACUGUGGGGCGCAUUUUAAAAGGGUUCAUCGUGCACUUCCAAAAAAAACCCACAAUUCUGAUCCGGACAAAAGUCCCCACAAAAGACAUUCAAAAUCUUGCUUUUCCAUUGUUUGAGAAGUUACUAGGUAAUUUGUAAAUUUGGUUACGGGUACUCGAUCCCAGAAUCUGGAACCGGUUCCUGACAUCAACAGUUGGGUACUCGGGUACCCGGUUCCGAUGCACACCCCUAAAAGUAUAAACACAAAUAUCACAUGACAACUAUAAAUUUGUAUUGUGUGACUACUGACUAUCUGUGCAUGUCUUACUAUAAACUGGCCACCUCAAACUCAUCCACAGCUCGGUAUGAAACUAUAUGCCUUACGUAAUUCUCCAUGUAAAAUAUUGUAUUCAGAAGUCAUUGUAUAAAUUUGUACAGUUUUAUUCACACCGUGGUAAAAGUAACCUUGGUAAAAGUUACCUUGGUAUUAGUUACCUUGGUAAAAGUCUCCAAAUGGAAAGGUAGCAUGCUUAUUUUCAGAACAGAUACAUAAUUCUUACGUUGUACUGUCCAUGCUCUUCAGCAAGUCAAUUUUAUCAAUUUCAGAACUACUUGUGACCUUUGAAUGUUACUUUUUAAUGAAAAAAAUUAUUUGGGUUGAUUUUGUGCAUAAACAGAUCUGCCCUGCCAAUACCAGUUAGACUGGGUUCAAGUCUUUAAAUCCUUUUUAGGCCAAAUAAAAAAAUAUAGCGUCCCAACCCGCUUCCUUUUUUCAAUUGGAGGCCUCUUUUCUUUUUUUUUCUUCUUUUUUUUACGAAAAAAAA